GUGAGUAGUCUGCCAUGGAGAGGAGGGACUGAAAUAAUCACAACAGAGAAAACUCACCACAACUUUGUCACACUUCUGCUUUUCUCUCGCUGCAGUUUUCUCUGUUAUCGCCGACAGUGAAAAUGUCACGGAAACUCAAAGAAGAAUAUUAUCGCUUCUUCACCGUUAGCGACCCGCGGACACACGAGAAGGGACACACCGAGUACAAAGUGACAGCCAGGUUUGUGUCUAAGCGUCAUCCAGAAGAUGUGAAGGAGGUGGUCGCGUGGAGGAGGUUCUCAGAGCUCAAGAAGCUUCACGGAGAGCUGGCCUACACGCACAGGAACCUGUUCAGAAGACAGGAGGAGUUUCCACCUUUCCCACGUGCACAAGUAUUUGGAAGAUUCGAUGAAGCUGUGAUUGAAGAGAGGAGGAAGGCGGCAGAAGCCAUGUUUUUGUUUACGACCACGAUACCUGCACUCUACAACAGCCCGCAGCUCAAAGACUUCUUCAGAGGAGGUGAAGUCAUAAGACCUCUAGAUGCCUCCCCUCUGUCCUCGACCGGGCCUCUGCCCCCCCCUCUCAUCCCCCUGCCCAAGAGGAGGGCCUCGGACUGUGAACCUGCAGAGGAGGAGGAGGGAAGGGAGGCGCCCACCUUACCCCAAGAUCUGGGCACCAACUUGAGCUUAGAGGUGGGGGAACCAGAGGUUGCAGCUGAGGCCUACAGCGAGAUCGGAGGAUCCCCGGGAGAAGAACGAGGGGAACUUAGUGAUACAGACCCGGAUGACCAAGCAGUUCCAUCUUCUGGCCCAUCUCCUGCAAAGUGUCAGCAAUCAAAAGAGACCCAGGAGGAAUUUGAUUCACUGUUUGACUCUAUGGCAGAGGAGCAAGUCCCAUCCCCAAAGGAAGAGGGUCCUCCUCCGCUGUCUGAUAAUGAUUUGGCCGUCUUUGAUCCCUGCUAUGAAAAAGACCGAUCAAAUUCCAGCGCUGACCACUCGGAGCUGUUUUCGUUGCCACUGCUCAGCCUGGAUGGCGGAGACGAGGGUUAUCUGAACCAAGCAGCCAAGGAGCUGACAUCCGCCAUGGAGAUGGAGAAGGAGGGAGAGUUCAGUCUGGCCAUACUUGGAUACAGGACGGCGGUGGACAUACUGAUCACUGGAGUGCAGGGAGAGCCAGAUCCGGUUCGGAGGGACUCUGUUAUGAGGAGGACGGCUCAGUAUCUGAAGCACGUUGAAAUGCUGGUCGACGAACACUCCUCACCCAAUCACACGCACACACCUGCACACACACAGGCACAAGCGCCUUAAAUUCACACAUUGUCACUAUAUUGACACAACGUUCACAUGCAAAAAGACGUCAAAGAUACAAAGGAAAAAAAUCUCAGGGCUGUAGCAUACAUGUACAUAUAUCUUAAAAAACGCCCAGCUAAAUCAAUGAAUACAAACCCAACAAAUACCACUGGUACAAACACACACCCCUGAGGUACACUUUACACUACACACCGGCUCCUCAGCCGCCUCUGACAUGUGAAAGAUGUGUGAGACGAAAUCAGAACAUUUUGAAACUGGAAGUUACUGUUAACUUAAAUCCAAAACACUUACUCUAACUAUCUUUUUCAUUUUUUUUAAUGUUAUUGAAUACAGUAAUGUGUAUAUAU